UGAUAACCUUUACUCACUCGCACAUUACGCUACAAUUGUACAUCAUUGAUGUAUGGUUUUCCUAAUCCAUAUUAUUACGAAACUGAAAGUUAGUGUUGUUUGUGUGUCAGGAUAAGGAUGGGAGUGGAGUUGGACAGUGGGGGAGGAGACAACUCGGGGUCUCACUCCGGAGUAAGAUACUUCAUCUGUAAACCCGGCCACGGGUAUUCCUACCUCCCUCCCAAGGUCAAAAGACUCUCUCCUCUGGCAGUAGCAGCAACCUCCAGUGGCUCCUCCACCAACAGUGGCCCAACUACUGAUUCCCAGCUCACUCCUCCCUCUCCUCCCCCUCCCCUCAUCCCUCGCCUCCCGUCAACAAACGAAGACUCAACACCUCCAAUACCACAAAAACUGGACCUCGAGCCAAGCAGCCUCGUACAGUCUCCCUCUCUAACCGCCAUCUUCUUCCUCACUCCCCCACCCUCCUCCCUCCCUCUCCUCCUCCACCCUCUCCCUCUCCUCCCUCCCAAACGCGUCACUCUGGAGACCGGGAUGAGUGUCUUUGUGACUGGAGCUGAUUUU